AUGCAUGCGAAGGAGGUCCAUUACAGGUGCGGAUCUUGCGAAAAUGGAAAUCAGACUACCGUCGAAUAUACAUGUCCCUAUCUAGCAGAGUAUCAGAAAAUUCUAGAAAAUGAAAUCUAUAUUGAUGUUGGCCUUGCGUCUGUAAUUGUUCCCUUUCCUGACACUAUUACAAUCCCUACAACCUGGUUUCGAUUUGUUUCUAAAACUGAUCUGAUUGACCUAGGUGAAAACCCUCCAUAUUAUCCAGAUUUCAUUGGUGUGCUAAAAAAAAUCAGAAAUUGCACAAAGGCUGAUAGAGAGGAAUUCAUUCUUGUAAUUCUUGCAGAUGAAAGUGGUGAUGAAACAGCAAUCAGUUUAUGGAAAGAAUGUAUUAAUGUUCCUGAAAAAUUAAAACGUGAACAGUUGGCACCUCCUCCUGCAACAACAAUUGUUGCAAUUACAAAUAUAAAGAGUUCAAUAAUUGCUGGAACUCUAAGAUUUGGAUCAUCACCUGCCACACACGUCUAUGUUAAUCCACCAGUACAGGAGACAACACUUUUAAUCGACAGGUUUACUGGUCCUACACCACCAACUCCGACACUCUCCGGACCACUGAUAGCAGUGCAUGAAUUGAUUAAUAAAAAUCAUAACGACCUACUGGAUAAAACAUUCUGUGUAAAAGGCGUGUUGUCAAAAAUCACAUUCAAAGAUUACUGGUUCCAAGUAUUGUGCCCAACAUGCAAGGAUCCAAUUUUCAGGAAAGGCAACUACUGGUUUUGUAGUGCUCAUGGAAAAACAGAGUUGCCUACUUUCCUGUACAAAAUAGUUAUAGAUCUAACGGAUCCAACAGGCUCCAUAUCUGCCCUAAUGACUGAUGCCUCAGCCCGAAAACUAAUUGGCAGUCCACCGGAAAAAAUAAUAACCGAUGACCAUGUAAGUGAUAGAAAGUUCUUGCCACCAAUGAUCAUGAAUCACAAAGACACAUCAAAAAUUAUGUCAAUUCAAAUGUUAAGAGGAUCUACCACCAAAAACAUCCGUUUUAUAAUUGUUGAUGUGCAUGAAAUCACCGCACCAAAUAAGACACUUACACCAGUUACACCAACACAAAUUUUGGCACCUACAAACACAGCAACACCACUCAGUCCAAUACAACUUCCACAAUCUUCAAAUGUUCAGAUCAAUCCUAACCUCGAAACAACUUCCACAACCGCUGAAACACCACAUGCAUCAAGGAAACUAUCAUAUGACACUACCGGUACUUACAUAUACAUUCUAUUCACAUAA